AUGGCAAGUUGGUUCAGGCGGAAUCUGUUGUUGGUAUUAACGAUCGCUUCUGUAUUGUUGGGUAUUCUAUUGGGCUUUAUUGGUCGACUAUUUAAUUUGACACUCCAAUCUAUAGUACUGGUCAGCUUUCCGGGAGAAAUAUUGAUGCGUAUGUUGAAACUAAUGAUUCUACCCCUUAUUAUCAGUUCGCUUAUUUCAGGAUUAGCUCAAUUGGAUGCGAAACAAUCUGGUCGUUUGGGUUUCCUCGCAAUAUUUUACUAUUUCGCUACAACUGUUAUUGCUGUUGUCACGGGCAUAUUUCUGGUACUAACAAUACAUCCCGGUGAUCCAACAAUCAAACACGAUAUUGGUGAAGGUACAGAAGCAAAAACAGUCAGUACGCUCGAAACAUUCCUCGAUUUAUUGAGGAAUACAUUUCCGGAAAAUAUUGUACAAGCUACAUUUCAACAAGUACAGACCAAAUAUAUCUCGGUGAAACCAAAAAUUAUUAAAAAGAACAGUUCCGAAAUUUUGCAAGCAAUCGCAAAUGGUUCUCUUGCCGUCAUGAAGCCAUCAGUUGAAUAUACCGCCGGUAUGAAUGUUCUUGGUGUAAUAGUAUUUUGCAUUUCGUUUGGAAUAGUAUUGAGUCAACUUGGCGAGCAAGCUCAAACCAUGGUUGAUUUCUUUUCUAUAAUGGAUCAAGUGAUUAUGAAACUUGUGAUGCUUAUCAUGUGGUAUUCACCAGUUGGAAUUAUGUGUUUGAUAACUGGGAAAAUUUUGGAAAUUGAUGAUCUGGCGAAUAUGGCUCGAAUGCUGGCAAUGUAUGUGUUGACGGUAUUGGUAGGACUAAUCGUCCAUGCUUUGAUCAGUCUACCAGUGUUAUUCUUCAUUUGUACCAGGAAGAAUCCAUUUACUUAUAUGCGGGGUUUAUUACAGGCAUGGGUUACCGCCCUUGGAACUGCUUCAAGUUCGGCAACUCUUCCUAUUACAUUCAAAUGCUUGGAAGAAAAUUUGGGAAUUGAUCGACGAGUCACUCGAUUUGUGCUACCCGUUGGAGCGACCAUCAAUAUGGAUGGUACAGCACUAUACGAGGCAGUAGCAGCUAUUUUCAUAGCCCAAACAAAUGGAGUUGAUCUAUCCUUCGGUCAAGUUAUUACUAUUAGCCUAACAGCAACAUUAGCAUCAAUAGGUGCAGCAUCAGUUCCAUCAGCUGGCUUGGUUACAAUGUUAAUCGUUUUAACAGCGGUUGGCUUACCUGUGAAGGACGUAUCUUUAAUUGUAGCCGUCGAUUGGCUUUUGGACCGCAUCCGAACGUCAAUUAAUGUAUUAGGUGAUGCAUUUGGAGCGGGAAUUGUCCAUCAUUUCAGUCGAAAACAGUUAGCGGUAAUUGACGCCGAACGCCGAUUAUCGCAUCAGACGCAUGAUGAACACGGACAAUUGCUGGUAAGUUCAAAACAUGGUAAUGGUCCAGCAUGGACAAAAGAUCCGCAUGGCUACAGAUCGGUGCCAACAGAACAGUAA